AUGGUCCAGAUCAGUGAAGUCAAGGGCAACUCGCGCGAGAACAGGACGGCGGCGCAUACGCACAUCAGAGGACUCGGAUUGCGCGUGGAUGGCAGCUCAGAGUCGACCGGCGAUGGAUUUGUGGGACAAGGUUCUGCCCGAGAGGCAUGUGGUGUAGUUGUCGACUUGAUCAAGGCGAAGAAGAUGGCUGGCCGAGCUGUUCUGCUCGCCGGUGGUCCUGGAACCGGAAAGACCGCACUUGCUCUCGCGGUAUCACAGGAACUGGGAACCAAGGUCCCAUUCUGCCCGAUUGUCGGGAGUGAGAUUUACUCCGCAGAGGUCAAGAAGACCGAAGCGCUCAUGGAGAACUUCCGGCGAGCGAUCGGCCUCCGAGUUCGGGAAACCAAGGAAGUGUAUGAGGGUGAGGUGACAGAGCUGACUCCUGAGGAGACGGAGAACCCACUGGGUGGCUACGGGCGCACUAUCAGCCAUUUGAUCAUCGGCUUGAAGUCUGCCAAGGGCACCAAGAAGCUUCGCCUCGAUCCCAGUAUCUACGAGGCUAUCCAAAAGGAGCGGGUCACGGUCGGAGAUGUCAUCUACAUCGAAGCCAACACCGGUGCGUGCAAGCGUGUCGGGCGGUCCGACGCCUAUGCGACCGAGUUCGAUCUCGAGGCGGAGGAGUAUGUGCCGGUGCCCAAGGGCGAGGUUCACAAGAAGAAGGAAAUUGUCCAGGAUGUCACGCUGCACGACCUGGACAUGGCAAAUGCCCGGCCGCAGGGUGGACAAGAUGUCAUGAGCAUGAUGGGCCAGUUGAUGAAGCCCAAGAAGACGGAGAUCACGGACAAGCUGCGCCAGGAAAUCAACAAGGUGGUCAACCGGUACAUUGACCAAGGAGUUGCCGAGCUGGUCCCUGGUGUACUCUUCAUUGAUGAGGUCCACAUGCUUGACAUUGAAUGCUUCACAUAUUUGAACCGCGCCCUUGAAUCGAGCAUCUCUCCGAUUGUCAUCCUUGCGUCCAACCGUGGCAACACUGUCAUCCGUGGCACCGACGACAUCACCGCUGCUCAUGGCAUUCCGCCGGACCUGCUCGCGCGUCUCCUCAUCAUCCCCACCAACCCUUACACGCCCGAUGAGAUUAAGACGAUCAUCCGGCUGCGCGCAAAGACAGAAGGCUUGAACAUCACCGAGCCGGCUCUGAACAAGGUCUCCGAGCACGGCAGCAAGGUCAGCUUGCGGUAUGCCCUGCAGCUGUUGACCCCAGCAAGUAUUCUUGCACGCAUCAACGGCCGGCCCGGCGGCAUUGAGGAGCCCGAUAUUGCCGAGUGCGAGGAUCUCUUCUUGGAUGCGAAGCGAAGCGCAGCGAUUGUCAGCCAGGACAGUGAGAAGUUCCUCGCAUAG